UGUUCCGACCAUGCCUGAAACCACCGUGAAAGCGCCCAAGAAGGGCUCAAAGAAAGCCGUGUCUAAGAGUGUCAGUAAUAGCGGCAAGAAGAAGAGAAGGACCAGGAUGGAGAGCUACGCCAUCUACGUGUACAAGGUGCUGAAGCAGGUCCACCCCGACACCGGUAUCUCGUCCAAGGCCAUGGGCAUCAUGAACUCGUUUGUGAGCGACAUCUUUGAGCGCAUCGCCGGUGAGGCCUCCCGUCUGGCUCACUACAACAAGCGCUCCACCAUCACUUCCAGGGAGAUCCAGACCGCCGUCCGUCUGCUGUUGCCCGGUGAGCUGGCCAAGCACGCCGUGUCUGAGGGCACCAAGGCCGUCACCAAUUACACCAGCUCCAAGUAAACAGUCUUGUUGUCUCUGAGACUAAACCAACGGCUCUUUUAAGAGCCACCCACUUUAUCUGAAGAUCAAUCCUGUUGUCGUGGUGAUACAGUUAUGAAAAACUUACACCAGGCCAAUUCUAUACAUGCCAAAUACGACUUUUAUGGUGUACAGACUCAAUACUCAAUUUCUGUAUUGACACAUCAACAAAACCUAAGACAGAACUGUUUUGUUGUCCUGAAUAAUCCAUCUGAUCUUUAAACAAAUCCAACAAACUUAAACAAAACUUAACCAUUAAUAGUGUAAAUAUUACAAUAUAUUAUGUUUAGGUUUAGUUGAAUCAUUUAAUGGUAAAUUCAGUCCUUUUCCAAAUUGUUACAAUCUCACAAUUUCUGGAUAGGUAGUUGUCAGGUAUGAGAGAUGAAGGAGACUAGGAUAUAAAGCCUCAGAUUAAAUAUAGAUUUGCAUAUCCUUCUAAUGGAGAUUUGAUACCAAACAAGAAUGCUGUUUACCAACUAAGGAGCAUCCUCAGUAUUGGUUUUCGUUUGUGUUUUAUUUUGACACAAUUCCUACAUCAGGCAGAUGGAUAAUAAAUAAAACUUCUCUCUGGAACAACUGUGAUGAACUUAUCAGAAACAAAUAUUUAUCCUUUCAUACAUGGUUCCAAAGAGAUAAAUUAUUUCUUUGAUGAAUUUGGCAUGAACAAUGAAUAGUUUGUCUAUACACAGUUUUUCCAGUUCCUUUCAGAUAAUUCAUUUCUUU